AUGAGUGACAUUGAGAAACUGACGCAGCUGCUCCUGCAGCAGGCGGAGCUGUCGGCGCAGCGGGAGCGAGACUCAGCGCAGCGCGAGGAGCGGCUCACUCAGAUGGUGGAGCGACUGGUCGCCGACCGACAGCCACCCGCUACCGUCGCUGCCGACGAUGCCUCGGCGGCGACAGCCGCCCGGACGUCGGCUGCCGCCCCGCCCGUGCGCCUGCCUGCUGCUGCAACGCCGGCGCCUCAUCUGUCGUCCUCCACAUCCCUGCGCGACUUCGCUGUAUGGAGGGAGAAGCUGGACGGGUACAUGCUUCUGACCGGCGCGUCCGCGCUGCCCGUCACUGCCCAGAGAGCUGCCCUUCUCAGUCUUCUCGACGAAGAUUGGCACCGGGUGCUGCGCUAUGGACUGACGAUAGCGGACGACUCUCCCCUCUCCGCGGUGGUAGACGCCAUGGAGAGUCAUCUCCGUAAGCAGCGCAGUGUCCUGGUCGACCGCCGUGCGUUCUACGCCCGUGUCCAGGAGCAGGGCGAGAAUUUUGAGGAGUUUCUGUGCGAAGUGAAGGAGCUCGCGGCAUUUUGCGACUUUUGCACACACUGUUACGACUCACGCCUGCGUGACAAGAUUGUGUGUGGCCUGCGGGACGAGGAGACGGUGAAGCGUCUGUUGGAGGAUCCGGGGCUGGACCUCAAGAAGACGGUGGACAUCUGCCGUGCGUCAGAGAACGCCCGGGCUACCUGCUCCGACCUCCGCUCACCGACGGCCGCCAUCUGCAACUCGUGUGGCCAGCGCGGCCACUUUGCAGUGGUGUGCGCCCAGGUGGCGCGCGAGAGCGCCGCUGCCCCCGCCGAGCGCGCAGCACCGGAGCGCGCGCGGCCCGCGGUGGGGCAGCCGUCAGAGCCGCGCAUCUGCCGUGUCAUCAGAGACGUCUACGUGAACGGCAUCUCGACGCGGCCGACUCCCACUGUGACUGUCCGACUGUCUACGCCGGCUGGUGUGUUCACCGUGCCGGCCCGGGCCGACUCCGGCGCCGAGGCGACAGUCAUCGGCGAAGACAGCCUGUCUUCCAUCUGCGUGGAACCAGCGCAGUUGGAGCCCUGCAUCGGCCAGCCAUUUUCAGCAGUAGGGAAACAGCCGCUCACCUGUGUCGGGUCGUUCCGGGCUACUCUGGAGCUGGGCGACCGAUCGACCACCGCUGCCGUGUUCGUCAUCAGGGAGCUGACUGGCCUGCUACUCAGCUGGUUCGACUGUGUGGCGCUGGGGAUUCUGCCGAGGGAUUUUCCGGCACAGAUCCGGUCCGUCGAGGACGCACCGCGCCCUGCUGAUGACGUCACGGUCUCUGUUGACGUCACAUCCGCUGAUUCGACUCUUCGAGUCAUGGACGGCGGUCUGAUGACGAUCGAACUCCGGCCCGACGCGUGUCCGACGUCGGUCACCGCUGCGAGACCGAUCCCCUUCGCCUGGCGUGCCGAGGUAAAGGCGCAGCUGGACGACCUGCUGGACCGCGGCGUCAUCGUCCCUGUGGACUACCCGACGGAAUGGUGCCAUCCCAUUUCGUGCGUGCCGAAGAACCCGUCCGGGUUUCGACUCUGCGUGGACCUGACGGGACUCAACCGGUACGUGAAUCGACCCACGUACCCCUGCCGGUCUCCUCACGAUGCCGUGACGAGUCUGCCCGCCGGGCACCGGUGGAUGUCGACUCUGGACGCCAAGAUGGGCUACUUCCAGGUGCCGCUCGCUGAGUCAAGUCAGGACCUCACCUGCUUCAUCACGCCGUGGGGCAGGUUCAAGUUCGUCCGCUGUCCGAUGGGAUGCAGUGCGUCUGGAGACGAGUACAACCGGCGCGGCGAUGCCGCGCUCGGCGACAUCCCAAACUGUGUCAAGAUUGUCGACGACAUCCUGGCCGUGGCACAGACGUACCGGCAGCACCUGCAGCAGGUGAUCGACAUCCUCCGGCGCUGUGACGACCGAGGAAUCACGCUGAACCCGCUGAAGUUCAAGUUCGCCCAGAAUGAGGUCAAAUUCUGCGGCUACAAGAUCACCCCGGCCGGCUACACCACCGACAAUGAAAAGGCGCGCGCCAUCGCUGAUUUCCCGAGACCGGAGAACGUCACCGACCUGCGGUCCUUCAUGGGUCUGGUAAAUCAGCUGAGCGGCCUCACACCGGAGCUGGCUGACUCGACUCAGGCCUUCAGAGACCUCCUCAAGUCGCGCCGGGUCUGGCGCUGGACUGAGCAGCACGAGGCAGCGUUUCUGCACACCAAGAUUGUGCUGUCGUCACCGCCGGUGAUGGCAUUCUUCGACCCCCAGCUGCCGACCGUGCUACAGACGGACGCUGCUAAAACCCGAGGACUGGGUUUUGCACUGCUCCAGAGGCACGGCGAGGACUGGCGUGUGGUCCAGUAUGGUUCACGGUUCCUGACCGAUACCGAGAGCCGAUAUGCUGUAAUCGAGCUGGAGCUGGCUGCUGUACUCUGGGCCUGCAAGAAGUGCCAUGUCUACCUGGCUGGCAUGCCCCACUUCGACCUGGUGGUCGACCACCGACCGCUGGUGACCAUCCUAAACUACAAGCAGCUCAACUCGAUCGACAACCCGCGUCUGCAGCGGAUGAGAGAGAAGUUGUUGGCCUACAGCUUCACCACCAGCUGGCAGAAGGGAUCGAGUCACGUGAUCCCAGACGCGCUCUCGCGAGCGCCCACCAGCGACCCCGCCGCUGAUGACGACGGAGCGGUGGACACCGAGGACGACCCGCUGCACGCCAGCGUCAUUGCCGCGCUGCAGGCCUCCACCCGAUCGGAGGAGGGCGCCCAGCUGGCUCCGCUGGUCGACUCCACACUGGAGAGAGUCCGCGCCGCCGCGGAGCGCGACACCGAGUACCAGACUCUCAGCGAGCUGAUCCUGGCCGGAUUCCCAGAGAACCGGCACGAGACGCCCCCUGCAGUACGAGCGUACUGGGGCGUGCGCCAUCAGCUGGCCAUCGACGACGGACUGGUGGUCUACGGCGCUCGACUGGUCAUCCCGUCCGCCCUCCGACGCGGUGUGCUGGAGAAACUCCACGAGUCACACCAGGGCGUUGAUAGGACCAAGCGCCGUGCUCGGCUCAGUGUGUACUGGCCGGGCAUCGACAAGCAGAUUGCUGACACUGUCGCCGCCUGCGCUCAGUGCCGUCAGCGCCUGCCCAGCCACGCCCGGGAGCCGAUGUGGCAGGAGGACGGCGCACCGACACGCGUCUUCGAGUCGGUCUCGGCCGACUACUUCUCCGCUGGAGGACACACGUACCUGGUGUACGUGGACCGGCUGUCCGGGUGGCCGUAUGUCACAGUGUGUCCCCGCACGGCCUCGGCAGACCAUCUGACGCGGCAGCUCCGACUGAUGUUCUCGCAGACGGGCGUCCCGACCGUGUUCCGGUCAGACGGCGGACCCCAGUUUGCAUCAGGCACGCUCCGCCGGUUCCUCCAGCGCUGGGACGUACGACAUGAGAUGUCGUCACCGCACUACCCGCGCGCUAACGGGCACGCGGAGGCCUGCGUGAAGACAGCGAAGAAGCUGGUGCUGGCUGCGUCCUCAUCGGGCCGGCUCGACCAGGACCAACUGGACCGAAGUCUGCUCGAACUCCGUAACACGCCCCGAGCAGACGGGCGGUCGCCGGCACAGGUGCUGUUUGGUCACCCGCUUCGCUCUGGUGUUCCCACGCACCACCGCGCCUUCGCUCCUGAGUGGCAGCGGGCGGCCGAUGUCUGCGAGGAAAAGGCUGCCGAGCUCCAGGAGCAGGCCGUCAGGUGCUACAACAAGAGCACGCGCCGGCUGUCACCGCUCAAGAUCGGCAGUCGGGUCGACCUUCAAGACCCCGCCACCGGCCGAUGGAACCGGAUCGGAGUGAUCGUGGGCGUCGGUCAGCGGCGCACGUACCUCGUCAAGACGGCCAGUGGCAAGGUCCUGUGGCGUAACCGCCGCUACCUGCGCCCAUACCGGCCGCUUCUGACGGAACCCACCCCGCCUGUGGCUCCGUCCGCCCCGCGCCCGCCCGCUGCGGUUCCACGAGGGAGGUUCGAAUGUGUAAACACCGUGGACAAUCAGCGCGCACCCUUCGGCUCCGUUUCUGGGGAGCUUCAGCGCGCACCCUUCAGCUCCCUCUCUGGUGAGCGUCAGCGCGCAGCUCCGUUUCUGCUGGGCGUCAGCGCGCACCCUUCAGCUCCGUUUCUGCUGAGCGUCAGCGCGCACCCUUCAGUUCCGUUUCUGGUGAGCGUCAGCGCGCACACCUCAGCUCCGUCUCUGGUGAGCGUCAGUGCGCCCUUCAUCUGCUGUAUCUGA